AUGUCGCCUAGGCCCGAUGCAAUAUCACUAUCCGAUAUUUUGCAAUAUCGCCGCGAGCUUCUGGUGAACCCAUUAUUUUGGACCUCGUGCCACCUAGAUGCGCUUGGAUGUUCGUUCCAGCACAUUGACAACUUUUCAACAAAGGACAUUUACAACCACUAUGAAGCGCCUCCGCAGAGAAAUGAUAAUCAAACAUCUUCUGCUAAAAGUCGGACAAGAGUGAGCGAUGCGGAGAUGCUUGCCAAAAGUGCCGUACCUUCUGUGAAAUACAACAUCCUUUGCCGUUUCCUGCUACACGAUGGCAGUGGUUUCAACAUGCGUAGUAAAGGACCCGAAUUCUUUUUCGCUGGCCAACCGGUUCAUCGACCACGCUAUACCGUCUUCCAUCGCCGUAAUCAGCCUAACCAGUUUAAUCCAGAUGCCCAACCAUUAAUCGGCUACUUGGACUACUUAGACGUCACUGGCCUUCGCGCAAAGAGGCUUAAGCCUCGCACACGCCGGGAUAAGGGCCAUGAUACUGUUGGCGCACGGAUCUUUACAAAGAAAUUGUCGCGAGUUACGCCUGCGGAAUGGACAGAAGACCGGUAUUUUCUAUGUGUCUUGCUGUCUAUUGCGCAGCUUCAGGAACGCCUUUCCAAAGAUUCUUCCACCCCAAGUUUUUUGUCACGUCUUCUGGUGGUGAAUAGGGAUGAUGAUGACUUUAUUUAUCUUUACGAGGGCCAAUUCGCAUGCGAGUUCCUCAAAAUGCUUGACAAACCGACAGCGGCCACUAACUGCACCAACUUUCCCACUAUCCACUUGAGAAAAAUACCCUUUCAGCCCUUCGAAACCUUCGGGGAACGAAUACUAGCCGAGAUUCUCGCUACUAAUUUUUUGUCUAUUCGUUUGGCGGUUUCGGACAACGUUAAUACUGUCAACCAAGCUGUCAAGCGACCACGCCAGCAUGAAGGUGGCGAAAGGCGCAAUGUGAGACAGAAGUCAUAG